AUGGUCCCACCUACAUCAUCUUUUCCCCCUAAACCUACACUCACCCUCACCCGUAGUUCUCUUGAUCGUCCCUCUCCUUCCUCUCGCAGGAAACCCCUACACACAAAACUCCAACGACAUCCAAUGCCUUUCCACUUGCCACCAUCACAUUCGUUCAUGGAGCCGGACGACGAAGGUCUAAUUACAUGGAAGAUAGACGCCAAUGGAGGGUCAUCGGAGAAGACCACCGACGUUGAAUGCCGCGUCAAUCACCUUUUCGUUACUUCUACUGUAACUGCUUCAAACGUUGUUGUCGCUGUUUCUGCUGUUUCUACUCUUACCCUUAAGCUUUAA